AUGCAUACUUGGCUGCGAUAAGAACACUCCGCCGUAUUAUACAACGGUAUAUAAACAUUUAUCGCAUCAAGUGUAGUUUGAAACAAGCGAAUUCGUUUCAGUUCACCUUCGUCGGUGGCGUCGUUCGCAUAUACGAAAUCGGUAGAGCGCGUUAAAAAAUAAAGUUACGAUAUAGUAGUGGAGAGUUUUCUGAACAAUUUCUUUAAGUUGAUUUAAAAUGUCGAACAACGGCCAACCACCGCCAUACUCUCAACCUGGCUACACGCCGGCUCAAUACUAUCAGCCGCCGCCACCGCAAAUGUCGCAGCCACCGCACACCGUGAUCAUACAGACGACACACACUUCCGCUGUGCCGGUCAGCAAUUCGCCGACGCGCAUCACUUGUCCCUCUUGCCACGCCCAGGUUUUGACCACCGUUAAGCAUCAGGCGACGGGCCGCACUCAUUGCUGGGCGUUGCUACUGUGUCUCUGUGUGUAA